UUAUUUAAAUAAUACAGCUGUCCAAUCCACUCUGAAGUUCACCCGGUGAGCCGAAACCUGAAGCAGUGUGGUCACUUCGUCUGUCUGUCUGUCUGUCUGUCUGUCUGUCUGUCUGUCUGUCUGUGUGAGCAGGAGACCUGUCCGGCUUCUACACCCUAUAAGCAGUAUCUCGGUAUCUGAACAGCUAGCUUGUUAGCUAACAGUGUGUUUAUUGGUAAAAAUGAACGGCCAACAGAACGGUUUCCAUAACAACUCGCUCAUUGAUGAAGACUGUUUCCUCUUCACUUCUGAAUCAGUCGGAGAAGGACACCCCGAUAAGAUUUGUGACCAAAUCAGUGAUGCCGUGUUGGAUGCACACCUCAGACAAGACCCUGAUGCCAAAGUAGCAUGUGAGACUGUUGCUAAGACGGGGAUGAUCCUGCUGGCGGGGGAGAUCACCUCCAGGGCCAACGUUGACUACCAGAAGGUUGUCAGGGACGCAAUCAAACACAUAGGCUAUGACGACUCCUCCAAAGGCUUUGACUAUAAGACCUGCAAUGUACUGGUGGCUUUGGAGCAGCAGUCCCCUGACAUUGCGCAGGGUGUUCACCUGGAUCGAAAAGAGGAGGACGUGGGAGCCGGUGACCAGGGUGUGAUGUUUGGAUAUGCCACUGAUGAGACUGAGGAGUGUAUGCCCCUCACUAUUAUCCUGGCUCAUAAGCUCAAUGCCAAGAUGGCUGAGUUACGCCGAAAUGGAAUGCUGCCGUGGCUCCGACCCGAUUCCAAAACUCAGGUGACUGUUCAGUACAAGCAGGAUCGAGGUGCGAUGGUACCGUUGCGUGUCCACACAGUUGUGGUCUCUGUGCAGCACGAUGAGGGUAUAAGUUUGGACGAGAUGCGCCAUUGUCUGAAGGAGCAGGUGGUGAAAGCAGUGAUCCCCAGUGGGUACCUCGAUAAUGAAACCAUAUACCACCUGCAGCCCAGUGGCCGCUUUGUGAUUGGCGGACCACAGGGUGAUGCUGGUCUGACUGGGCGUAAGAUCAUUGUCGAUACUUACGGGGGUUGGGGUGCCCAUGGAGGCGGAGCUUUUUCUGGGAAAGACUACACAAAGGUAGAUCGCUCUGCUGCUUAUGCUGCCCGCUGGGUGGCCAAAUCUCUAGUGAAAGCUGGGCUCUGCAAGCGUGUGAUGGUCCAGGUAUCCUAUGCUAUUGGAGUUGCCCAUCCACUCUCUGUCUCCAUCUUCCACUAUGGGACCUCCCAGAAGAGCGAGAAGGAGUUGCUGGACAUUGUGAAGAACAACUUUGACCUCCGUCCAGGAGUCAUCGUGAGGGAUCUUGACCUGAAGAAGCCCAUCUACCAGAGCACAGCUGCUUACGGUCACUUUGGUCGUGACGUCUUUUCAUGGGAGGUGCCCAGGAAGCUGAAAUACUGAACACCUCUAAUCUCCCCACAGGCCAUGGGUGUAUCACAGAUAAACCUGUGUGUUUGUCUACCUCCCUCCCUCCUCCUCCUCCACCCUCUUCCUCCUCACACACACAAGCACAUCACCACAGCCUCUACUACAUGAAAAGAUGCCCUUUCUCCACCUGUUAGCAUUGUACACAUCUCAAAGAGUGAACAAUAGUAUUUCAGAUGCCACAAUAUUAAAUUGAACAGACAUGCUGGAGAAAUUGUGCAUACAGAUUUGAGCAGUGCUGCCAGCUUUUAUUCAUCUUUGUUAAAUAACUUGUAUCUCUGCAAAUCUGUUAAGUAUUAUUGACAAUAUAUAUUUAAACCAUAUUUAUAGCUGAUUUCCAAAUGGACCACAUGGGUAUUUACCAGUAAGGAUGGUGUUUUCGUGAGAAAUGUCUGGUAUUCCUCAGCUUUUAAAUUCAAAAUCUCACUGCAGUUUAGAUUUAGAAGUGAUCAAUGGUUUAGUGUUGCAAAAACAUCAGCUCUCUUCCCCUCGCAGUCCUCACUCGUUUUUGAAAUUUUGAUGGCAUAAAUAGGGUCAAACCCUUGUUGAGUGACAUAUAAAAUCUGCAAAUUUUCUUAUUUGAGCUGUCCCUUCAGGCCAUUUUUUUUUCUGACGUUUUACAGAGAAGUCAGAAGCUGCUAAUGACUUUGUGGUUAUGUUGGGCUGCACCAUGAAAUCCCUUCAUUAUUGUAAUUUAUUUUGUUGAUUUUAAUGUCAUGUGAAUGUUCCAAAUGAUGUUAAAUGUGUUAAUGUUCUACUGACCAAGAUAAAGGCAAGACACAGUACUCCCUCCUUCCCGAGACUGACUCUGGGUGUAGCUACAGAGAAACCCAGCUUAGUCGCCUCUGGGCAGGGGCUUCCUUUAUCCCACGGCAACACCGUACUUGAAAUAUUUUAUAGACUGGCAAAAUUGUGGGACCGAACAGUUUGAUCAGCAAGGAAGGACAACUGAAUAUGUGUACCACAAGUUUUUGUAUCUAAAAACUGUUUUCCACUCAGUUUCACUGAGUCCUUACACUUUCAGUCUCACUUGCACACAAUGUCAAAAUUGGCAUGGAAGAGCAGAGCCACAGACAGACCAAGACAAAGAGAUAAGAGGCGGUCACAGUCAGCUUAGUGAAUGUAAGACAUGGCAUUACUGCUCUCGUCUUCUCAGCAGAGUUAGUUUUGUACAAAUGAGGGCGUGGGAUCAGAUAGGUUACUUAAUACUUGUGGAUUUUGAGUCUUUCACUGAAAUUGUGCAGCACAUUGGUUCUUCGUGUUACCAGCAGUGGAAAAGGCUUCUGUUUUCAAUGUUACAUGUACAGUAGUUCCAAAAUGACUGUUGAGCUUGUAGCUGAACCUUUUUUCUUUUCUUUUUUCUUUUCUAAAAAUGUAUUCUUUACACCAUUCCCCAUGGGCCAUGGAUGGCACAAGUCUGCUUUUUCCUGAGUUGUACACUUGAAACAACCCGGGUUUGUCAAGGUUGUCCCUCUCCUUGUUCUUUUUAGACUGUUUUACAGAGUUUACUUGCAGGGAAUGCAGAUAGAUUAAGGAAGGAUGUGUGCCAGAGACCCUAGCCAGAUUUAAAACCACAGUAUAUGCCUUUGAAUGCUUCCCCAGUUAGUUACCCUUCUCUUUGACUUUACUCCUGGACCUGUAUCCUCACAAUAUAGUUGCAGAGUUAAGGCUAAGCCAGCUGUACACCUGAGUGAGGUUGGUAUUCACCUUUUUAAAAUCACCACAGUCGGUGCCUGGUCUGCUAGCUAGGUGGCACUGUGUCCCCAUAUAUAAUACUGAAAUUAGGAUUUUUUUUUUUUUCCAACUCUGAUAACACAGAUAUCUUUAGUUGGGGCUCCUCUGGCAUCACCUUGUGGUUUCUUGGUAGGAGCCAUAGAGAUUAAUCUGUGCCUAUGUGAUCAUCCAGUGAAAUGACUCAACCUCCCCAAAUAUAUUUAUUUUAUUUAUUUAUAUAUAUAUUUUUUUUUUACAAUAUGUUUGCAUCCUUUAGCUCAUCCACAGACGAGACAAAUGAUUGGUUGGUGUUGUACAGAGAAACCAGCCUGUUUACAUAGUCUCCUGAGGGGGAUGUUGAGGAGCAUUUUUUUUCUGUUAAAUAAUUUUUUAAAUGGUUGGAAGGGAGUCUCUCAGUGUGGUUGCUGAAUGUGUAAAAGUGCCUUUUCUCAUUUUCUGCAAUGCCCCUAUCCCCUGCCCCAAAAUAUCUGACUCCUUCCCCACUGACCCUGUCCCGCCAUCUUAUACCAAAAUAAACAAAACCCUCUUCAAAAAUUCA